GCCAGUAACUUCCUCGGAUUCGAACCAGAGCGGGUACCCCCAGAACAUCCGAACAUCGUUCAGUGUCAAAGCGAACCACCAUGGUUUACGAAAGCGACUUUUACAGCACCCGCCGGGUUGGCUCGAGCUAUACCCGCCCCACGAUUUCCUCGUACACCGUGACGACUCCACUGCGAUACACCGGAGUGCCACGUUUCAACACGAUCACCACCACCACUACCACGACGUACCGCACACCGAUGCCGUACGUUGCGCACAAGCGGCUCGUUCCAGUGACGCGAGUCGUCACGUCACCGCCGCGGAUCGUGGUAUCCCCGUUGCGGGUGCUGGGGUCGCCGGUACGCGUUAUCAGCUCGCCGGUUCGCGUGCUCGGUUCGCCGGUACGCACCGUGCGUGCGAUCCGUUCGCCGGCCCGCGUCAUCGUAUCGCCGGCUCGGGUCGUCACGAUCCGCUCGCCCUAUCUACGACCGUCGAUCAUCAACAAAGAAUUCGAUCGCAUUGAACGUAAAUAUCGCGCUAGUCCUGUAAGUAGUGCCCUAGAGCAGUAUUACAACUCGCCCUCAUACUUGGAAUUUGAGGACGAGAAGCGUGAUAUCCGCAACUCGACCGCACUGCUGCUGCGCCAGCUGAACGAUCCCGUUCCACGCCUGAUGGCUCCGAUCGCACAGGCAGCUCCAGAACCGAACCCCAAGAAGUGGGUGUACGAUCCGUUCUCCGCCCACAACCGCCUGAACAGUGACACCUACGUCAAGAGCCACAUUACCGAUCCGAUUCGCAGCGUUCGUAACGAUAUCGAGGCCAUGGCCAGAUAUCAUUCGCCAGCGUCCCGCUAUGUCGAAUAUGUGCUGUUGGAUGACAUCUUGUGGCGUUACACGUACUAUGUCGAUGAGGAGGGCAAGAACCACUUGGCCAGUACGCGCAUCAUUGGCUCGCAGGCCUACCCGAAAAGCAAACCCCGUAUCUAUAACUACGAUACCGCCAGGGUCGGCAAGGAUGUGAACGUCAUGUCGUACUAUAAGUCCAACCGCACCCAGGCCAAGGCCGAUGUGGAGGAAGUAGGAAAAUUAAAUCCAGUUCGUCCGACGCGCAAGUUCAACAACCCGAAGCUGUACGACGAUCCGACCGAUUCGAAGCUGAAGGACAAGCAGGAAAAGAUCGAACGCGUUGCCGAGCUGAACAAGGUUCGCUACGAACCGGUCAACCUGGAGAGGGAGCGUCUGAAGCUGCUGGAGGAAGCCAAGAAGAAGGAGGAAGCUGCUGCCGAACGCGAAAAGAUUCGCCAGGAGGAGCAGGCGCGCAAGGAGGAGGAAGCACGCCUGGCCGCCGAAGAAGCGGAACGUCGUCGCAUUGAAGAGGAGCGUUUGGCUGAAGAGGCCCGUUUGGCUGAGGAAGCUCGACUGGCAGAGGAAGCCCGGCUGGCCGAGGAAGCCCGACUAGCCGAGGAAGCUCGUCUGGUUGAAGAAGCCAAGAAGGCUGAAGAGAAGAAGAAGAAGGCGGCCGAGAAGAAGAAGAAGGAAGAGGAGGAUAAGAAGAAGAAGGAAGCCGAAGAAAAGAAACGAAAGGAGGAGGAAGAAAAGAAACGCAAGGAAGAAGAAGAGAAGAAGCGCAAGGAAGAGGAAGAGCGCAAGCGUAAGGAAGCGGAGGAAGCCGCCCGCAAGGCAGCGGAAGAAGAAGCCGCCCGUAAGGCGGCCGAAGAGGAAGCUGCCCGCAAGGCCGCCGAAGAGGAAGCCGCCCGUAAGGUUGCGGAGGAGGAAGCACGCAAGGCAGCGGAAGAGGAGCAGAGCCGCAUCACCGAGGCACAGAAGGUGCGUGAGGACGAGCUGGCGCGGUUGAACGAGCUCGAGAAGCAGGCGAUCGAGGAAAACAACGAGGAGCUAUUAAAGGAGAUUGCCGAACUGAAGGCGAUUGCACAGUCGGACGAAGAGCUGCUGAAGCGUCAGGCGGCCAAGCUCGAGGAGACGGGUGCACCGGUUGAAGGUGAAGCUGCCCCGGCGGAGGAAGCUGCCCCGGUCGCUGAGGCUGCCCCCGUAGAAGCGGCCCCGGCCGAAGAGGCCCCGGUCGCUGACGCUGCCCCCACCGAGGAGAGCAAGACUGAGGAAAGUCCUGCUGCUGCCGCCGAGUGAACAGGACAC